AAGAGUUUUCGGUGCAACAUGCGUUGGUAUAUUUUGUUGGCGCUCGUUUCUCUCGCAGUUUUGAUUCUCACCGAGGAAUCGGAAGGUUGGUGGCGCAGGCGAAGAUCCUCUAGACGAAGGUAUACAAUAACGAGCUCUGGAAGACGAAGGUCUAGCUAUCGUAGUCCGCCAUCUUACUACAGGCGAAGAGUUAGCUACACAAGAAGACGAAGAGCCGUACAGCAAGGAUGCGGAUAUCUGAACUGCUACAAUGGAGGAACCAAAUACUGCGCUAAAGGUUGGUGGACUUCAAAAAGAAAAGUUGCCAAGUGUAGGUGUCGUUCAUGGACAAGUGGUAAACAAUGUCAAACAUUAACAUGCCCACGCAAAUCAUGCAAGAAUGGAGGAACGAAUUACUGCAAAUCUCGUGGAGUGUCCGCUUGUAGAUGUCGUUCAGGAUUCUAUGGACCGAUCUGCACAGGCGGAUGUCCUCUCAAGACAUGUUACAAUGGUGGGAGACGAUAUUGUAAAAGAGGCUUCUGGGGAAGGUAUUUGGCGAAGUGCAGAUGUACACGUGGUUGGAAAGGUCAUGACUGUCGAAAAGCCCAUUGUAAACACAUAGAUUGCAAAAAUGGAGGAACAAAAUACUGUCGUCUCUCUGGUCAGCCUUACUGCAGAUGUCGCCGUGAUUUUACUGGAAGCCGUUGUGAGAAUGGAUGCCGAUCCAAAACAUGCUACAAUGGAGGGACAAAAUACUGUACAAGAGGCCGCUUCUUUUGGAGGAGAAAGAAAAUUCCUAAGUGCAAAUGUCCAAUUGGCUGGUAUCGUCAUGACUGCCGAAAAGCAUGUCCAAGCUUCUACUGCAAACAUGGCAAAGUUGGCUGUACGAAUCACUUGUGGAUUUUUACGUUUUCACACUGCGUUUGUGACAAAGGUUGGAAAGGAAAGCACUGUGAUAAACAAACUGCAUGUAGGCUUCUGAGAUGCUAUAAUGGAGGAACAAAAGUCUGUAAGUCAAGUGAAAAUGCAUCCUGUAGAUGUCGUCGUGGGACAUGGGGGAGACAAUGUCAAAUAAUAGAUGGAAAUUGGAGCAGUUGGUCAACGUGGACAUUCUGCAGUCAUAAGUGCGGCGAUGAUGGUAUUCAAAAACGCAGGCGCCAAUGCAACAAUCCAGAACCGGCUCACGGAGGACGAAAAUGCACUGGCCAGUCACGGCAGAAAAGGAGAUGUAACCGUCAACCUUGCCCCAUAGAUGGAAAAUGGAGCCGUUGGUCACAAUGGGCACCCUGCAGUCGWACGUGCGGUGGUGGAAUUCAAAAACGCAUGCGCAAAUGCGACAAMCCAAAACCGGCUCACGGAGGACGAUAUUGCACUGGCCAGUCAAUGCGGGCAAGGAGAUGUAACCCUCAACCUUGUCCCAGAGAACGUAUCUAUGUUCGCAUUACYUUCAAAACUGGCCGCGGGAAGUUUCCAGGAAAAAAUCCAAAAAUUCGCAUUUAUGGAACCAAAAAAACGUCAAAGCCRCUGGUAGUGUUAGGCUCGUUUCAGCCUGGAAAAUCCAGAAAUGAGACUAUAAAACUUAAAGCCGACUUGGGUACUCUGAAGAAAAUGGAAAUAGUAAAUUCACCGAACAUUAUAAAGGGAUGGAAACUCGAGGAGGUUAUAAUCGACUCAGUUGUUGGAAAAAAGAUGAAGAAGUAUUACGCAUGCUUCAAAAAGGGAGAACGAGUAUACAGUAAUAAACUCACCACGAAGAAGCUUGUCAAGGGACCUUGUCCUAUAAAUAAACCCGAUAUUGUUGUUCGCGUAACCUUCAAAACUGGACGAAAGUCUUUCGGCUAUAACCCAAUCAUUCUCAUCAAUGGAACGAAAGGAACUGUUAAGCUUUCUUUUGCUAGGACGUUUAAUCCUGGUACAACUACAACGGUCAAUAAAACACUCAACGCCGACUUGGGUACCUUGAAAAGCAUCCAUGUGAUGAAUAUUGUAGUUACCAACGGCACAAAUGCCACUAACAACAGUAAGCUUAAGGCAGGAAACUCCACAAUCUCCAUGAGCAACAGCAGAGGAUGGGAUCUCGAGAUGGUUUCUGUCCAGUUUGUGGGUAAAAAGAACGAGGUGUAUCGGGCAUGUUUCAAGGGGACACCGAUAUUCAAUCUGCCCAUCAAAAAGAAUCUGACCAAGGGAAAAAUUUCGUGCUGAAAAUUGCAGAAAUCUCCAAGUUAAUCAUUCUCUAAAAUAAGCACAGAAAAGUGUAAGGCUAGAAUAAGAGUUUUCAUGCAGUUCAAAAAGAACUGAAAAAUGAAUUUAAAAACGGGCGUAAAUUAAAACUGGAGUAAAAUGUUAACUACCAAUAAAGAACAUUGAAAAUACUACAUCAAA